AUGAAAGGAGAGCUGUGCCUGUGCCUGCUGCUCGUUGUCCUGGUGAGCCCCUGCCUCUCCCGGCCGGACACCCACCAGCUGGGCAGCGCACCGGGCCCUGACGAGCGCAGGAGCAGCGGGACUGACCCUGGCCCUGUCCGGAGAGACUUGCUCGAGGCCCUGUCUCAGGACCAGAAGCUCCUCAUGGCCAAGUUCCUGCCCCACAUCUACGCAGAGCUGGCAAACCGGGAGGGGCACUGGCAUGAGGACGCUGCCCUGCGCCCCCUGCACGACCACGAUUAUCCCGGCUGGAUGGACUUCGGGCGCCGGAGCCUGUCCGAGUCCGACGAGGCCUCCUAG